AUGAGUGCGGAGCGGCCUGGGGUGGCUCCUUUGCUCGCCUGGCUGUGGGGUCCCUGCAGAGACGCCUCCUGGUUCUCACAGUCGUGGCUUGGCUGCAUCCGGGACAACACUGGCAACGACCCACGAGUCAAGGCAGAGCAUAUCCAGCAGAUCAUGACCCUGGAGGAGUCUGUGCAGCACGUGGUCAUGGCGGCUAUCCAGGAGCUUAUGACCAGGGACUCAUUAGACACCAUGAGUCCUGAGAUGUAUGGGACCUUUGAUAGCCAGUCCCGCAGGUACUAUUUCCUGAGUGAGGAACCUGAUGAGCCUGAUGUUCCCUGCAGGCGCUGCCGGGACCUGGAGCAGCAGGUGGCGGCACUGGCCGAGGCUGCACGGGGGCGGCAUGAGACCGAGGUGGGGGGUGCAGCCCGGAACCUGCUGUUGCUGCAGGCACGGGUGGAGCAGCUGCAGGAGGAAAACUACAGGCUGGAGAGCGGGCGUGAGGAGCUGCGGGGGCACUGCGAGGGGCUGCAGCGGGAACUUGGUGCUUUGCGGCAGCGCAGCCAGGAGCUUGGGGACCUGGCGAAAGAGGCCCAGGCCCUGCGGGACGAGAUGGAUAUGCUCAGGGACUCAUUAGAGCGUGCGGGCAGGCUGGAGGGGCUGCUGGGUUCAUACCGGCGCCGGCUGGAAGCACUGGGGGAGCUGCGGCGUCAGGUGCGGCGUUUGGAGGAGCAAGAUGCAGCCCAUGCCCGCCGUGCUGCUGCCCUUGAGGACGAGCUGCGCCGCGCUGCCCCUGCCCGUGCCGAGCUUGACACUUGCCGUCGGCAGGUGCAGGAGCUGCAGGGACGGCAAGCGCAGGCAGCGUUGGAGGCUGAGAAAUGGCAAUUUGAGUGUGGUUCCCUGCGGGAGAAGCUGGAGGCACUGCUGAAGGACAAGGAGGUGGGGGCUGGGCGUGAUGCCCUGCGAGAGGCCAAUGAGGAGCUGCGCUGUGCCCAGGUCCAGCAGAGCUGCCUGAGUCAAGCAGAUGCCGUGCUAGACAGCGCCACCUCCCCCGCGGACAACCUGGCUGCUGAGAUCUUGCCAGCUGAACUCAGGGAGACACUGGUGCGGCUGCAGCAGGAGAACCGGGGCCUGUGCGCACAGGAGGCAGCACUGCAGGGGCAGCUGGCUGAACUGCAGGCCCAACUGGACGAUAGUCGCCGUGUCCGGAGCCGCCUGGAUACCCAGCACAGGCUGAGCCAGCAGGAGGUGCUGGAGCUGCGGGGCCAGCUAGAAGAGCUGCAGCAGUCAUUGCAGGAACAGGGCAGCCGGGCUGAGGAUGCCAUUUCCUCUGUGCUGAAGGAGAAGCUGGAAGAGCAUCUGGAGAAGCUGAAUGAGGCCCAUGCGGAGCUGCAAAAGAAGCGGGAGCACCUGGAGGGCCUGGAGCCACGGGCAGACAGUGCCGCAGCCCAGCGCAUUGACGAGCUGCAGCAGAUCCUGCGGCAGAAAGAUGAAGACAUGCGGGCAAUGGAGGAGCGCUACCGGCGCUAUGUGGACAAGGCCAACUCGGUCAUCCGGAGGCUGGAUCCGGCACCAGGGGCUACGGGGUCCCUUCUUGGGGUGCAGGCACUGCGCAAUCAGCUGCAGGAGAAGGAGGCCAAACUGCAGUACCUAGAGAUGGACCUGGCAAAAACACUGUCACAGCGGGAGCAGGAGGAGCGGCUCAUCAUCACCGCCUGGUACAACAUGGGCCUGGCACAGCAGCACUGUACCUCCUGGGACCAUUCUAGCCCUCCCGGCGCCCCCCAGUCCUUCCUGAGCCAGCAGCGCCAGGCGGCCCCUGCCCGCCGUGGCCCCCCACGACUCCCCCGUGGCCCCCUACAUUGAAUCCUCCUGGCCUGUGUGGGAGGGGUGCUAGGGGAGGCAAGCGGGUGGGGCUUAGCUUUUGGCAUCCCUACUGCCCCCCCUUUCUCUGAUGGUGCCUUAGUCUCUUUAAUGGGGGGACAGGAAAGGCUUAACCUUGUAUGCCACCACCCAAGUCCCUCUGAAAGGUGGGUCUCAGGAAGAAAGGGGCUAAGAGGGAGCCAGUUCCUUGCCUCCCACCCAGAGGAGGUGGGGGAGGUUCUUUCAGACCAGCCCAGAGUUCUGGGAUACUCUUUUUUUAACUACUGCCUGUGCCCCUGCUGGGAUUGUCAUUGUUCCCCCUCCCCCAAAUAAUCCUGGCAGGGGCC